AUGACCCGUGGCAACCAGCGCGACAAGGCCCGUGAGGCUGCUCAGAAGAAGGCUGCUUCUCAGAAGAAGGGAAACUCCAUGAGCGGCACGGAGAUGCAGCGUGCAAAGGAGUCUGCUGCUGAGAUUAUGCGGCAGAAGCAGGCCAACGCUGAGGCCAAGAAGGCAGCAGAGGCAGCAGGAGGGUCGAAAAAGAAAUAG